GAAGAAGCAGAAGAAAAGAGCGAGCGAGAGAAAGAGUUUCCUGCUUCCUCGCUCGGAACAGCUGAAGCGGCUGCGAGAGCGAGCUUGCAAGGGGGGAUCCCUCCUCCCUCCAGCGAGCCGGUUGUGUGGCCAGACAGAAAAGCCACUGUGGUCGGUGGAUGGAGGCAGCCAGGGACGGAUGGCCCUGCGCCCCGCGGGGGGGAGGAGGCGGAGAGGGGCCGCCGCCGCCGCCUCCUCUGCGCGCCGCUCGCUGCCGAAUGCAAUUGUGAAAUUGACCAGGAGGAGGAGGACCUGCCCGCCUACUUUCAGGCGAAGCCCGGCGCAAGCACCGCCACCGGCCCUGCUCGAGCUCCUCGGAUGCGGCUCCGGCUUGGAGCGGGGCGAUCCGCGGGCACCGGGGCGGUCGCAGCAGCAGCAGCAGCUGGCUCCUGAAGCAGCCGGUUCCCCAGGAUGAGUGGCGGAGAGGUCGUCUGCUCGGGCUGGCUGCGAAAGUCUCCCCCGGAGAAGAAGUUGAGGAGAUACGCAUGGAAAAAACGGUGGUUUAUCCUGCGCAGCGGCCGCAUGAGCGGCGACCCCGACGUGUUGGAGUACUAUAAGAAUGACCAUUCCAAGAAGCCACUGCGGGUCAUCAACCUCAACUUCUGUGAGCAAGUGGAUGCCGGGUUAACCUUCAACAAGAAGGAGCUGCAGGACAGUUAUGUCUUUGACAUCAAGACCAGCGAAAGGACCUUCUACCUCGUGGCUGAAACGGAAGAGGACAUGAACAAGUGGGUCCGCAGCAUUUGCCAGAUCUGCGGCUUCAACCAGUCUGAAGAGAACUCAGACUCCAUCAGAAACAUUCCUGUUGUGAAUCAUGGCCCACGCUCAUCCCCGGCCGAACUGAGUGGCUCCAACCAGCGGCUCCUGCGAGAACGGAAGUCGUCGGCUCCUUCGCACUCUAGCCAGCCCACCCUCUUCACGUUUGAUUCACCUGCUAAUCAUAUCCGGACCACCCUUUCUGCCAGUGCCCCACAAGACUAUCUCUUCCUACACCAGUGUAUGAGCAGGAAAUCAGAGAACAUCAGGAGUGCUAGUUUCUCUCAAGCCACAAGAUCCUCGUUCUUCAUGAAGAGCGACCCAUCUGUUCAGAAGCUCUCCCAAGGGAAUGGCCAUUGUGUGAACGGGAUGGGCGGACAAGUCCACGGCUUCUACAGCUUGCCCAAACCAAGCCGGCAUAAUUCAGAGCUCAGGGACAGCGCCUACGACCUUCCGAGGAGCUUUGGAUGCUAUGCCCAUACCAAAUCGAGCCUCACUGGUUCUGAAACGGAUAGCGAGGAGGUCUACACCUUUAAGACCCCCAACAAUACCCUGUGCAGGGACUUUGGAGAGCUUUCCACAGAUUCGUAUGACAUCCCUGGCAGCCCUUUGUCCAUUUAUCAGAUCCCAAGGACAUUCACGCUGGACAAGAACCACAACACCUUGGCAGUGGCCUCCAACGAAACUCCAGCUGCUCCUCCUCCGCGGCCUCCCAAGCCAGGACAGGCAGAGGCACGGUGGGGCAGCCUCCAGCAGCGAUAUUUGGACAGUGAAGGCCUCAGCAUGGGCCCAGUUGCUGCUACCAUUCCUAGGAGAAACACACUGCCAGCAGUGGAGAAUUGCAGGCUGCACCGAGCUUCUUCCUGUGAGACCUACGAAUACCCCCAGCCCAGUAGUGCCAUGCAGUCAGCGGAGUCUGUGAAUGUUGGACUUGAUGCGCACCUGCAAAACAAAGCCACCGUGGCUCGCUCCCACAGUGCCGACUCCGAGGACAACUACGUCCCCAUGAACCCAGGCUCCUCUAUCCUGCUCAACACAGAGAGGUCAAAUGACAGCUCCCAGAACCUCUACAUCCCCAUGAGUCCUGGGCCUCAUCACUUCGACUUGGUGGGGCUGUCCUCCUCGACCUUCCCAGUUCCUAAAGGCAGCAGUAGCGCUCAGCCUCACCGGCGGAUGAGCGAGAUCCAGCCUCCGCCAGUCAACCGCAACCUCAAACCUGACCGCAAAGCAAAGCCAACACCGCUGGACUUGAGGAAUAAUACGGUUAUUGAUGAGCUUCCCUUCAAAUCCCCAGUCACAAAAUCCUGGUCCAGGCCUGGCCAGACGUUCAACUCCAACUUUUCCCAGUACUGUCGCCCCAUCUCUACGCAGAGUAUCACCAGCACUGACUCAGGAGACAGUGAAGAAAAUUAUGUGGCCAUGCAAAACCCAGUCUCUGCAUCUCCGAUUCCCAGUGGCACAAACAGCCCAGCCACAAAGAAGAGCACAGGAAGUGUCGAUUACCUGGCCCUGGACUUCCAGCCGAGCUCACCUGGCCCGCACAGAAAGCCCUCCACCUCAUCAGUUGCCUCGGACGAGAAGGUCGAUUACGUGCAGGUCGACAAGGAAAAGACACAAGCCCUGCAGAGCACCAUGCAGGAAUGGACUGACGUCCGGCAAUCUUCUGAGCCCACCAAGGUGGCGAAGUAGUAACAGCUGGAAGUAGACCAGAGAAGGAAGAAAACCUCCUGGCAGGGCAAAGACCCAACCAUUCCGUCCACCAAGGCUAGGCCUCUUGCCAUCAUUCUAGAAGGACCUUUGGGGCAGGGUGGGUGGUCAUCUUUGAAAGCAAACUUAAUUUCAGGGGAAGACAUGGCUUAUACUGUUCCCCAGUGUUCAAAGUGCCAGGAUUGCUAUGGGUUAGCUGCUGGACACAUUAUCUGGGACCUUCAAGAUAGCAAUACCAGGAUGUUUGGCGCCCUGCAUGUUGUCUGCUUUCAACCAUCGCUGAAGGCACCUCAUACCUGCUAUCGCCGUAUUCCUUCCUUGUCUGCAGCAUACACCUGCACCGAGCCAAACUCAUGCUAGUUGGGUGGAAUUCUAGCCUCCUGUUGGAAUCUUUUGUUGCACUCUGCCUCCCUCUUCCACCUCCCAACCUGAUACAGCAUAAAAUGCUGACCCUUGGCUUUAACUGUGUUUGAUUUUCAGUGAGGCCCUUGUAAACCUUGGUUUCUUCUUUCUUUUGCAAAUCACAGGCAUUCUCCACCCAAAAGCACACAAGAGCUUUCCUGAAGGAGUAGGGGUGUGGGAGAGAGUGGGGGGAACAAUAAUUUCUCCUUCUGCAUAUAUCAGUUUCUUGAAAAUGUGUGUAAGCUUGAGUGGAAAUGGAUUUUCUCCCCAAAAUGAUCUUCAAAAUUCCCCUUUGCAAAUUGCAGUGUCAAAUCUUCUCUGGAUAGUCUUUGGAUAUUUGCAUAGUUUUGAAUAUGCACUGAAUAUUUGACAUCUGUCUCCAAUAUUGUGUAAUAUUUGAGCUCAGCUUUUGAUGUUAGACAGUACUUGAUAGUUGGUGUUAAGUUGUGUUUAGUAGUUGACCGUGUUUGGUGUCUGACCGCUUAUGAGAUUAAUAUUGAAAACGUCAAGUAUUGCCCUGUUGUAUUGGGUCAUUGGCCCAUCUAGUCCAGGAUUCUGUUUCUAGUGGGGGAGAGCCUAAGAAUUUGAUGCCUGCCUGUGGGUCAAAUGCACUCAAUUUUUGAAGUUAAAAACCUUGCCGGUUCAAAACAUAGGCUGAGACCCUCUCUAAUGAAGUGCUUGUGUAACAAACGCAAGUUGCACUACUGCAAGAUCACAUAAUAGCGCUAAAACACUAUGAUUUUACAGAAUUGUGCUCUUGCACAAGAGGUGUGCCACAAGUUGCAUAAGCACACUGGCAGUAACGCAAUAGUGAUCUGGGACACCAGCUAAAGACUUAGCGUAUGUCCAUCAGCUCUGUGCUUCUGCAGUGUCCUUCUGUAAGCACUUUGUUCGUCAGGAGGUCAGCCACUGACUUUUAGAUUUCACACUGAACAUUUGCCAAAAUUGGAAAACCUGGCAAAGUUUGAAUGUUUGUGCAUGGUCACUUCAGCUCUAACGAGUGCAUUUGGAAUUGCCCAUUGUCUUGCUGCUUGGACUGGGUCUUAAAAAAACAAAUGAAUUUGUUGCCCCUAAUGUUAACGAAAGAUCCCACACACACACACUGGGUUUAAAAACAAUUUGAGGAUAGCCUUAAAGGUAAAUGUGCAUCUCUGUCAUGGCCAUCAUGGACCUAACUCAUGUUUGCUACCCCACUCCAAAGCUGCCUUAAGUGGUUUGAGCAGUGGCACAGUUAACUGAAAGUUCAUUUAUGUGCUGGGCACAUGCUGAAGAAUUGGCCACUGGACUGUGGUAACACCUGCCACUCUGCCUGGAUCUCCUUACCCAUGUUCUCAAUGUGCCAGGUGGGUUAUGUAGUUGCCCCUGGAUGAAAGCUUGAAACAACCAGGUUAUCUCAUGAGAAUCAUAACCCUUACCUGACUAUUGUGAUCAGACCCUUCUGCUAUCUGGUUGAUCCCAUUAGUCCAAAAGACUGGAAAGAAGGCAGUCACAGAACAGUUGCAAGGAGUUACUGCAGCGGUGGGGGAGCCAUGAAAGAGUAACUGCUCAUGAAAGAGUAACUGUAAUAUCCCCAUGCCGCUGCACUUGCUCACUUGAAAUGAUAGCUGUAUGGAGAAGUCUAGUAAUGCCAUGCUGUAGUAACCUCAUGACUCCCCACCUACUGGCAUGAAGCAGUAACUGCAUGGAGAGCUGUAGUAACACCCCACUGUGUGUAGGUCUGAGUCUCUGAAUGUGAUGAAUUAUUACAUCCUUGCACUAGAAGUUGGUUUCCCAAUACAGGAAGGUUAGGACAUCGAGACUUGUUACCUGGGGCUUGCUUUUUUAUGUGGAUAAAAGCUAAUUGGAGGGGGGGAGCCCUAAGAAUGGGUUUUCAUCAUCAACUGCUGACUGUUAACUCUGCUACCUUCUUGCAUGCAGUACCUGUCCACCUAAUUACAUCUGUCUUUCACCUGGCUGCACUGGACAGAAUCUCUUUUCUCCAGUACCAUUUUCUAGGAACAGAAAACAAGCAUUACAUCAUAAAUCCGAGCUCUGAUUUGACCUUCUGUCUUGUGACCGUCUUCCUGUGACUUAAUUUAUCUUCCUCAUGCAGUGCCCUUCCUUGCACUGUUUUGCAUUCAGGUUUUCUUGGAUUACCAAUGAAAAAGGACUUUGUGUCGUCCCGUUUUGUGCACUGAUCUUAUGACUGUUAAAACAGCUGUAACUUUACAAAAAAGAUUUAUUUCAAGGCCUAGUAAAAGAAAAAGAAACUUGUAGCUUUCUAGAUGAUGGGGAUUAAUGGAGGGUCCAGGUUGGGUUGAAUUGUUGUGUGGACAAUCCUGUCUUUGGGAUGGUGGGAUUUAAUACAAAAGGACUUAAAAGACCAAGUUCCAUCAAGUACAGCAUUUUGUUUCCAGAGAUGGCCAGGAAAAUCCUCCCAAAAGCUCAUGAGCAGGACCUAAAGGCCCCUGUGGUUUAUCCCCAGCUUCUGGCAUUCACAGGUAUACUGCCUCUGUCCAUGACCCUAAUCAUUAUUUUAGCACUACAUGCACAACACAGGUGAGACACCCCCUUGGGGUGGAGGCAAUUUUCAUAGUGGAAAACUUAGGCGACCUGGUCUUGUGGUAGCAAGCAUGACUUGUCCCCAUAGCUAAGCAGGGUCUGCCCUGGUUGCAUAUGAAUGGGAAACUUGAUAUUCCCCUCAGGGGAUGAAGCCGCUCUGGGAAGAGCAGAAGGUUUCAAGUUCCCUUCCUGGCAGCAUCUCCAAGAUAGGGCGGAGAGAGAUUCCUGUCUGCAACCUUGGAGAAGCCACUGCCAGUCUGUGAAGACAAUACUGAGCUAAAUAGACCAAUGAUCUGACUCAGUAUAUGGCAGUUUCCUAUGUUCCUAUCCCCAAGGUACAAAAGCAGUGAACCUCCUUUCUGGUACUGAAGAUAAAGGAAACCCCUUGACAAAUCAACCAGUAGGGAGUUUUUGUAUUUCCUACAACCCUGGCCCUAGGUCUAUACAAGAUUUUGUACAGACCAGCCCUGACCCUGCUCCUUUCCAGCCUGUCUCCCACCAAUAUCUUGCUUUCCAAAGGAGCAGACGAGAUGGUACAAUUGUAAGUGGACUGGACCACACUGGGUGCUUUCCCAUUUUUAAAAAAAAAAUCCCUGCAUGUAGAAAUUUAGAUAUCAGGGAUAAGAGUUUUAGCCUAACUUUAUUCCCCACAUACUAGUGUUCUUUGUGUAGGGAGGGCAUUUUCAAUGAUGCAACCUACCCCCUCCCCACCAGAAUCUGAAGUGGGAAAGUCCAGACACAAAUGAAGGACAAAAAUAGGAACCUCUCUCUCUCUGCCUGUGCAUCUCCAGAGUGCACACCGGGUACUGGCACUACUGGAUUUAAAGUAAUAACCAAAAAGUAAAUCACGAGCUGAUUGGGCCUGGGGCAGCUGAGGGAAAGAGAGAAGGCAGGAACUAGACUUGGAAAAUGUGUGAAACAGGAUGCUGGACUAGAUGGGCCUUGGGCCUGAUCCUGCAGGGCUGUUCUUAUGUUCUUAAAAUAAUAUUCGCCACCAUUAUUUAACAUGAGAGAGAAUAUUCUAGAGAAUUAUUCUACCCAUUCUAUUGAAUGUAUCACAGAACAUCCUUUUACGAGUCUAGCAGGAACUCAGCCUUCCGGUCAGUCACAAAGCUUGUCAUGUAAAUAAUAUUUGAGGGCAGGCUAUAACGUGCUGCUUUAUCCAAGGAUAAACCCAGGAGCUGUUUAGUCCAGUGCUGAAUUUGGAGUAGCAGUGACUCUCCAGGCAAGUUGUGCAAAGCCCACCAGAGACACGUUGCAAGUCUGUUGGCAUUCUUCUGGUGUGCAACACAUCCAGGAGAGGAUAGUACCCAGAUACCUUUGUUAGUCUUCAUUGUUUUUGUAUCUGUGUUGAUUCUUCUGCUGUGCCUCAAAACCUGCCUUGAGUUUUGCUUUUGGUGACAACUCUUCUCCCCAGGGCUGACAUACCAUGCAGAGUGCCACAAGCAUUUAUUUAUUUAUUUGCAAAAGUACACAGUUGUGCAAAUACCAAAAUGGCACAAGGGAGUUGCGCAGUCGCACUGCCAUUCUUUCCACUGGCUAGGGGAUUACCCAACUCCCUUGCCCACUGUCCACAUUUGCACAAAUGUGCACUUUUACAACUGCCAUACAGAAGAUGCAGCAUCACCCACAGUGUGCUAAACAGAUGCAGGAGGCUGUGCAGGAGGUCAGCCCAGGUUUUCAAGUUGAGCCCAAUCCCUUUUCCGAUAUUUGAGUCCAGAAGGGGAGCUAAGUGCAGUCCCUCAUUUCCCCAUCAUAAUUUCCAGCCUUUCUUUGCUAACUUCACUCAGAUCUCUUCCCCUAUCUGCUUCCCAUCUCCUUGCCAAAUGUGCCACAUGGAGCUAUUGCUUAAUGGACAUCUUUCCCGUUCUUCCAUUGUGUUAAUGGCCCUCCAGGAACCUUGGUUUCUGUUGGUUAAUCUGCAGGAGGUUGUUUGGAGAGUUCUGCAGCAGGAUUUUCAGUAGUUACAGCCUUUUGCUCAACCCCAACUCUUGAUUCUACCCCCCCCCAAAAGUGACUCUUUCACUUCCCUACAUCACAGGGGUGUUGUGAGGAUUAACAUUUGAAGGAAGGAAGGACACCUAAUGCCAUGAUGCAAUGUGGCAUCACAAGCAUCCGUAUAUGCUGUAUGUCUUGCUGAAUCAAAAAGCAUUAAUCCAAACAGUGGAGGCUUUGGACAGUUCUGACGUUUCUGCCCCUUUGAUGAACAAUGAAGCCUUCCUGUUGGAAAAUGCAAUGUAUAGGUGUGGGGAGAAAUCAUGUCAAAUGUGAACCAGAUUUCACAGCAGUCCUUAGAAGAUCUGCAACAGGAACAUUAGCAGACUUGUUCGCUACAGAACAAAAGAUGUGAUUAAGCCUGGUCCCACCUAAAAAUGUUUUUACAUAUAUAUAUUCUCCAAGGCAUUUAAUUGAAUGGGUAGAAAAAUUCUAUAGAAUAUUCUCUCCCAUUCUGUAUAAUGCAGGAGAAUAUUCUUUUCCAGUCUAGCACAUUUCAGCACCACCAACCAGCCAGGGGCGUAACUACCAUUAGGCAAGGGGAGGCAGCUGCCUGGGGGCCCCCACACCUCGAGGGGCCCCCCAGAGGCAAGUCACAUGACUCCCCAACACCCACAGAGCUUCCUUCAUUAUGAUCCUUCCUUCGACCUGGCUAGUAUCUCUCUCUGUCUCUCGACCCCCCUGCCUGCCUCCCUCCGUGUGUGUGUGUGUGUGUAUCAGCGAGGGGCCCAUUUUAAAGUUUUGUCUCGGCCCACUCCAGCCUUGUUACGCCCCUGCAACUAGCCCGUGUGAAGCUUGGUCUGAAUAAGCCAAGAUGGAUCAGGAGUUCAGGUGUCAUGACUGAUCUUAGUUUCUUUCUAACCUACAUCACAAGAAGAAUUCACGGGAGGCUCACCCAGGCAGGAGGGGUGGGUGGGAAACACAUCCUCCUGCUGCUGCCGCCCAAGGCUGUCGGAACCAGUGGCAUGUGGCAUUUGACCCUCAGCUGAAUUUGGAUAGAAGGUGAGUGGAGUAGAGUCUUGCCAUAUCACCAAAUGGGCCCAAGAACAGUGAUUCUCAAAUGUGGUUCCUUAGGUAUUGUUGGACUACAACUCCCAUCAUCCCAAAGGCCAUUUUGGCUGUGAGUGAUGAGAGUUGUAGUUCAGCAACACCUCAGGACCCAGGUUUGAGAACCCCAGCCUAAAAACACCCAUCCAGACCAGCUUUUAGAAUAAGGAAUUCCGAUAUUCAGAAGCCAGGAUUAGAAAAGCCAAGGUUCCAUAGAACAGAAGGGUUCUACUCUUCUUACCGCAAACAUCGAGGAACAUUUUUAAAGGACUCAAAUGAGACACUUGACUAGUAGCCUUUACCUUUAGGGAAUUUCAUCAAAAGCAGCAAUGCAAUUUUUGUUGAUACCUUGUUGUGUAUUCUGAGAUGUGUGACAGUUGCAAGGGAGGGGGAGUAUGUUUAUUUCAUAAAAAUAUUUUUUGUAGGACAAGAAUACUCUUUUUAAAAAACGUGUACAGUGUUUUUGUCUUGUGGUGUCAUUCCCUGAGCGCAUUAUUAAUUUUUCUAGUCACUGUAGGUUGCUAAUCCCUUAAAUUAUUAAUUUAUUCUUCGUGGGUUUAGAAAAAUAAUUUCGACACACCCUAACCUGUAAAACUGAUCUUGAGCUUAAUUUUUUUUUAUUUUUUUUUGCUGUUAAUAAAUGUGAUAUGUGCCUGAAAGGCAGAGCUCUC